AUGUCAAAAAUUGAUCGAUGGAUCAAAAGAGAACGAGCUACUCUUGGAGAUGAGGUCUUCAACUCCGACCUUACAGAAUCGGAUGACUGCGCCCAUCAUGAUGUUGAAUACGAGACCGACACCGAGCUUGAUGAGGGCGACGAAACCCAUCGCGCCAUCGACGAUGUUCAUUACCCGACCGUACCUAUGGAGCCAUUGUCUUCUUGGCCACCGCGCCCAUGUGCAUGCCGAGUGCCAAAAUUCAAAUUCACUGAAUACUUACACGGCGGCGGCCGGUCUGAUCAUUUUGUCAACGGAGAUUCUACAGAUUGUUGCCCUACCUGUGACGAAACUUGUGAAUCUCCAACUACCUUCGAAGUUUCUGUGGCAGGAGGCAAGCAAAAGAUCAAGAUUUUAAGCCCUACUCUCACUUCAGAGCUUGAGACUUGUUUACCAGCGACUCUCCGACCAGUGGACGGAUGCCAUUUACAUCUUGCUGGAGCAGACAUUGCAACUUAUCGCCAAAUCUUUACCGUUCACCUUAACGUUCUACGGUCUGCUACGUGGCGGGAUCCUCUGAAAACCAAAUCAUUCAAUGAGAUGGAUCUUUUCAUACAUAAAUUCCUCAACGAUGCAAAGUUCUUCCCACACUAUGAUUGCGGCGAUGAUUUCCUCACGGAAGAGAUAGAAACACUCAAGGAUGCAGAGUUCGUCCCACGCUAUGAUUGCAGCGAUGACUUUCUCGCGAAAGAGAUAGAAAACCUCAAUCACGCGUUUCUGGCGACUGAUAAAAGCGAGCCCCCGGAAUCUCCAUAUAAGGCAUACUUUGAGGAGCAAACCGAAAAUACUUGGGACGAAGUAUUCCAUUCUGAUUCGUCUUUAGACGAUCAAUGCCACACACAUCUGAGCCACGGCCACAACGAAUCAGGAGUAACUGAAAUUGUCUCCACGGUCAGUGAACCAGGCAUCUUAUCCAUGGUAACAGAUGCAUUGACGAAUGGUGAUAUGCCUUUCAGUAAGGAUGAUGACAUCCCCAUAGAUACUCAUGACUCCAAUGAGCCUGCAUCGCCGCUGGGCAGUGAAUUGGCCAAAGUAUCCUUCGAAAAACUUCAGGAAGCAAUGAGGAAUAGCAGUAUGCAUCUAUUUGAGCAGCCCCUAGAAAGUGGAGCCCGCAAAAACAAUCAUUCUACGAAAGGCGAUUCUCCACUGGCCAUCGCUUUACCCUAUGGGCAUGAGGAGAUCUUUCAGAUGGAUCAUGGGGCUACGGCUAAUCCAAUGUUUGGUCAAGGUGGCCUCACAAGCAGACGCCCGCGAGUCUUCUCUAAAUCGUGUGUUAAUGCCCUGAACAAACCGGUUGAGGAUAUAACAGAAGAAUGCUCCUGGCGGUAUGAGUAUGCGCCGGAAGCAAUGGAAGAGAUAACCAACGACAUGAACAUUUCAUCUCAACAAGGGGGUUCGGAGCGACUUCGGACUUUCCGAUUAAACUUCAUCAUUGAAUACCGAAGAAUGAUCAAAGCCUCGAGAAGAUCGACUACAAAUUUUAAGAGGGUGUUUCGGAGAUUACCCAAUUACAAAAACGCCUGGCAUCGUGGAAUCGAAUUCUUUCGAGGCUUGUCCAAUCUCGAACUUGAGCCAUCCCUUGAAAGUACUCUAUCAUUGAUGUGCAUCGCACGAGCAAUCGUAGAGUCUAUCUGUGACGAUCAUGCUCACAUGCGAGAUGAAUUUGUACAUGAUUUAUCGCGGUGGGAACACAGCUUUUCCAACCAUGCUGAUCUGCUAAGCUACCAAGAGGCAGUGAAGCUAAUCUGGAAUAUAUCAUUGGAGGGUGGUUGGGAGCCAAACAACCCAGAAUCUUUCAGGCAGUUCAUGUUGAAUCUCAGGGAUAGGGCGGCAAACCUGAUUCUCCUUGCCAAUGAGGACUUUGGGAUCGUCGGUUCAUGUUCGAGCCCAGUUCAGGGAUGUCAGAACAACGAUUUCCGAAGCGCAAACGCAUUCAGCCCGGAGCGCCUUGACUACAUUCUUGCUCCUCAUAUUGCCGAAAUCAACCAAAGGUCGAGAUAUCAUCCCAAGUUCAAGCCAGGUAUAGUGAACUUAGUGACAAGUGCUAUAUUUGCUCUUGUCGUGUACUUUUUCGCAGACCCGAUGCUUAUUUCGAGACCUUCAAGUCCAUUUCAAGACAUUUUCUAA